UGUUGCGCGCGCGUGUCGUCAACCAAUUCCUAUCUCGAGUGUCUGACCCGCGGUGGGCGAGUUGGGCUGUGUCUGCGAACGAAGAGAGCGUACGUUUCAGACACCGUGUAGGUUACACAACAUGACUUAACUGAGAAUAAAAUGCUGCAAAAUCAUAAAUUGACACAACUCAGAGACUGACACGUUUGUUCGCCAGUUUGGAGAGAGAGCCUGGAACCAUGAAAAAAUCAAGCCCGGCCAAGCCACCACCACCAGCUGAAGUCACCGUGCCAGACGACGAGGUUACCGUGCAACAACUGAACGAGCUUUUGUCAAACAGCAGCGGAUUUUACAGUUUACCAACACAGCAUUUCAACGAGGUCUUCCCUAGAAUAUACGUUGGUAACGCGUUCGUGGGCCAGAAUCUGAUGCGUCUGCAGAAGCUGGGCGUGACCCACAUCCUGAAUGUGGCGGAAGGCAACUCCUUCAUGCACGUCAACACCAAUGCAGAUUUUUACGCGGGCUCGGGCAUCACCUACCAUGGCAUCCAGGCCAAUGACAAGCCGCAGUUCAACCUCAGUAACUUUUUUGAGGAGGGGGCGGACUUUAUCGAGAAGGCUCUGGCACACAACAAUGGCAAAGGGAAGGUGUACGUCCACUGCCGAGAGGGCUACAGCCGCUCGCCCACCGUUGUCAUCGCUUACCUCAUGCUGCGCCACAAACUGGACGCCCGGGUGGCGGUUGCCACGGUGAGGCUGAAGAGAGAGAUCGGCCCCAAURACGGCUUUCUGCGCCAGCUGUGCCAACUCAACGAGGAGCUGGCGAAAGAGGGCAAGUUGAAUGGGGUGAUGCCCGUCGUGGUGGCCAAGUUGAAGGCCAAAUAAGGGAACGAGAGAGCGUGACCCAACGCCUUCUGUAGGUCUCUGCUCCCCUAAGAGCCAACCGGCCUCAAUCCACCCUGACCAGCAACACAUCACUCAGACACAUGCACACGCGUACAUCCACAACCUGUAACAUGCAUGCAUAUAC